AUGGUGAUGGUUGUACAGAACCGUGUCAGAAUCCCCAGUAUUACAGUCAAGACUGUAGAACACCUUGUCCCUCCAUCUGUACAGGUGGAUGUAAUAGGAUCACAGGGGAGUGUGGCAGCUGUGAGCCGGGGUACACAGGGGACAAGUGUGAUGUUCCCUGUCCCCCCCAACUGUAGAGGUGGAUGUGAUAAACACACAGGAGACUGUGACAGCUGUGAACCAGGAUACAGAGGGAAGCACUGUAACAUUACCUGUCCACCCAACUGUAGAGACUGUGACAGGGAAACAGGCGAGUGUAUACACUGUGUUGAAGGGUACAGAGGGGGCCACUGUGACAGCUGUGAACCAGGUUAUACAGGGGAGUACUGUAACUUUACCUGUCCCCCCAACUGUAGAGACUGUGACAGGGAAACAGGAGAGUGUAUACACUGUGUUGAAGGGUACUGCAAGGGUGGAUGUGACGAACAGGGAGACAACUGUAACAGCACAUCCUGUAAAACAACAUGCCGAGGAAACUGUAUAAUUAAUGACUUCACAAAAAUCCAGUGCAGUGGACCUUGCAUCAACAAUAACUACUAUGGAAAGAUAUGCACCAUUCCAUGUCCUGAUAACUGUGCCAAAUGUGAGAAAGACUCUGCGAGAUGCCUCAACUGUGCACCAGGUGUGAGAGGGGAACUGUGUAACGAGUCGUGCCCAUCUAACUGUAAACUGUGCGCUAUGACAACAUAUGCAUGGGCCUCUGUCACGACAGUAACUACCACGGAGUGA